AUUUUAUAUUACAUUCUAACACUAUUUUGAGUAUAGAAGAAACUCAUAAUUUAGGAAGAAGGAGAAAAAAAAAAAAGGAGGAAUAGGCUGCCAUCAUCGUUAACCCCACUUGUCCACGUCAACUUCUACCCCUCCAGCAAACUCAUCAUGAGAACCAUUGUCAUUUUCUAAACUCAAAGGUACUAAUCGCCCAAAGGAAGUUGAGAAAGAAAACCAUGGUCUGGAGAAAACAUAGCUCUCGAUGCCUUAUAUGGGGCGUUGAGCGGCCAGUGAGAGGCACUAAGCCCAGUUUUUACGACAACAACCAUUACGGAAAGGGUCAAAACUUCAUUUUUUUUAACUAUCUCUCCAUAUCCUUUCCAUUCUCCUUCAACUUCGUGAAGGAGGGACCCAUGGGCCUGUAAUUGAAGGAGUGAAGCUCUAAAAUGAUGGUGGCAGCAAUCAGAGGAUCCUGAAAACCUCUCGGAGGCCAUGGACGACUUGGAAAUGUUUCUAUGACCCUGGACUCAUCUUCGUUCUUUUGAGUUUCAUCUCUUCUUUCUCUAUCUCUUGUAUAUGUUUCUUUUCCAUUUUUGUGUUCAAAUUGUUGUAACUUGAUUCUUGUAAACUCAUUCAUUGAUGUAAAUGAAAUGGAGGAGGUUCCUGAUGUUGAUUUUAAGCAAAUUUGGAGUAGCCUUGCACCAUCUAAUGUGAAAUCUUUUGUCUGGCGUCUGAUGCUCAAUCGAGUUCAAACGAAGACAAAUUUGCGGCGAAGACAUGUUAUCCGUGAUGACCAGAGUCUGGCUUGCUCCUUUUGUCAGCUUCAGGACGAGACGAGUGACCAUUUGUUUUGCACUUGUGCGUUCUCCAUGGCCAUCUGGCGCAUGGUGCUUGGUUGGUUUGGGGUGUCCAUAGCUUUACCAUCACUAGUUAAAGCUUUGUUUGUCCAGUUUCCAGUGUUUGGUAGGUGCAGUUCCAAGAGGGAGGCCUUGGUGACAGUUUGGAUGGCGACUUGUUGGUCACUUUGGCUGAUGCGUAACAGAGUAAUUUUUGAUAAUGGGGAACUGGAUGCAGGUUUGGUUUUGGACUUGAUUCAAGUUCGUUCCUGGCAUUGGAUAAAGGCGAAGAGGGUGAAUUUCCAGAAUUCUUUUUAUGAAUGGAAGUUGUCCCCAUUGGCUUGCUUGGACUCUUUGUGAUUUUUGCAGGGGCUUGUUGCUGGUGUAGGAUGUUGUCUGGUGUUUCUCUAGGCUGGUUUUAAUGGGGUGAACGUUUGUAUGGGAGGGUGGGGUAUUUCUAGGGCUGAUUGUUUGUUUCUGUUGUAGGUUGUUGGGCGUUCUGUUUUCCUUGCUUUCUGUUUUUUAGUUUCUUCUCAUCUCUUGUAUUUGGGUUAGCACCCCUUGUGCUAAAUUUAAAUGCAAUU